UCCUAAUUUUCAUAAGGCACAUGUUAGAUAAGUACUCAAAGCUCCAUGUUUUACUAGAAACGUAGAGCAACGUAGAGUAAUGGAUAUGCAAGUUAUACCCUGUCCACGAGACCAUAUUCCAGUGACUAGUUCCGGUCCGGCUCCUCAAGUGGCGUUUCCUAUCUUCUUAUAUUGAGAUAGUAUGGUGAAUCUUAAAUGGGAUGAGACAACUCGCCAUGGAAAGCCUAUAUCUAUACUCUCAUUCACCAUCUUUUUUCGUGGAAUCACCUAGCCAUCUUCACUCUCCUGCCUUAUUUAUUCCUAAGACUUCCUCUCCAUUCUAGAUAACACUAUGGCAGUUACACAGAAUAAGGUUGAGGAAGAUCCUCAAGUGAUCAGCCAACCCGCUUCUCCCGUCCAAGAUAGCAGCGCUGGCGAGAGCGUCUCGGUACAAUCUACAAAAUCGCGGGGAACUAUGCCUAAGCACACUAUAUCACACGACGAAGUUGGAUUAGUACAAGCUGGCUCGGGUCCUAGUAUCCUUACGGAAAAUGACUGUCCGGAAGCCCUGGCUUAUGCAUGGCCGAAAUGGAAAAAAUGGGGGACACUUACUAUUAUCUUCCUCGUCCAAAUUUCCAUGAACUUGAACGCUUCCUUAUACGCGAAUGGACAGAGUGGCAUUGUCAAGGACCUUGGUGUUAGCAGCCAAGCUGCAGUUAGCGGCGCCGCCGUGUUUCUUGUCCUAUAUGCAUUUGGAUGUGAGCUCUGGGCGCCAUGGUCCGAGGAAUUCGGAAGAAAACCGGUUCUUCAAUAUUCGCUUCUUAUGGUCAAUCUCUGUUGCCUUCCUGUUGGUUUUGCCAAUAUUCAUAGGUCAUUUAUUGGCAUUCUAAUCGGGCGUGCGUUUGGAGGCCUUUUCUCCGCCGGUGGCAGUGUUACGCUGGGAGUGGUUGCAGACAUGUUUAUCGCUGAUGAGCAAGAACUCCCGCUAGCAUUUAUUGUCCUCUCUUCUGUAGGUGGCUCCAUCAUCGGACCUAUCAUCGGCGGAUUCAUCGAGCAAAACCUCUAUUGGACGUGGACGAUCUGGAUCCAGCUCUUCUUCGGAUUAUUUGUUCAAAUACUGCAUUUAGCAUACGUCCCAGAGACUCGUUCCGCCAUUCUAGUUAAUAGGCACGCGAAGAAAAUGAGGAAAGAUAAAUUCGAAGCGACCGGCGAAAGUAGCAACGUCUUCGGACCCUUCGAGUUAAAACCGUUCACAGACUAUUUGAUCCCAAAGGAAGUUUUUGCCAUAUGGACCCGUCCUUUUCAGAUGCUCUACAAGGAAAAAAUUGUCUUGGUGCUAUCUUUGCUGUCCGGGUUUAGCGAUGCCCUAAUAUUUAUGCAAAUUCAGUCCCUCCGUCUCGUAUUCGAGCGGUGGGACUUCACUGACAUCCAGAUAGGGCUCGCUUUUAUCCCGUUUGGACUUGCCUAUGUCUUGGCGUAUCUACUAUACAUUCCAUCCAUAUACCGUAACCGGGCGCUACGGGUGAAGAAUCCUCUCAGCGAGCAUGCUCAAUACGAAUCACGAUUAUGGUGGCUUCUCUUCACCGCACCACUUCUCCCCAUUGGAUUACUGAUAUUCGCUUGGACAAGCACGCGUACGGUACAUUGGAUUGCCCCGAUGAUUGGGUGCCUCCUUAUCGGCAUCGCUAACUACACUAUCUACAUGACUACUAUCGACUAUAUGGUGAAAGCGUACGGCCCUUACUCUGCCUCAGCAACGGGGGGCAACGGCUUUGCUCGUGACUUCUUAGCUGGAGUGUUGACAUGGGCUGCAGCCCCAUAUUACGACGCGUUUGAUUUUCAGUACGGUCUUCAGGUAGCUAAUACCGUACUUGCCGGUGUCGGAUUGAUUCUUGUAGUCGCUACAUUCGUCAUCUACUACAAGGGGCCGUCGAUGCGGAAACGUUCACCCUUCGCCGAGUCAAUAAGAGGUGAUGCUCCCUUAGAGGUUUCUCCCUCGACGAUCGCUUGAAAAAAAAAAAAAAAGAAAAACCUGAGAAAAGAACCUAGAGAUAGGUAUCCGAAUGUUAACUAAUUGGAACUGGAAAAAAAGAAAGAAAAAGAAAACCAAAUCAAAUCAAAAUGCCCUGUACAUGAUGUGUUCGAUAAUAUUCAUUUAUUAUUAACUGAAACUGAGAAUAUUGUUUUUUUACAGACACUCCAGAUGUCUUUGAAUGUUUGGAUGGUACGUGACCGUAGGUCACGUAUAGGGGUACAUAAUGUAACGUAUAUAACCAUAGCAACCCUACGAUUUAUAUAGGCACCUCACAGUUAUUCAAUUCAUAGUUCUAUCCAAUUUAGA